CUAAUCUUGCGUUGCCAUCAUUGAUUUGCCAUGCCUUCGUCCCUGGAAAUUGAAGUUGAUAUCCCUGUGAUUGACAUGUCACAGUUUCCAUUAGACUGUGAGGAAGGAGGCGGCCUGGACAAGCUUCAAAAUCAUCCCAUGGUGGCCACUGUGAGAGAAGCAUGCAUAGAAUGGGGAUUCUUUCGUGUUGUCAACUCUGGAAUUCCAACAGAUCUUCUUCAGAGUGUGGAGAACAUAAGCGAGGAACUAUUUGCAAUGCCUGCAGAGGCUAAAGAAAGAGCCACAACAUCCAACCCACCUGAGAGCUACAGCCGUUCAUCAUUAAAAGAGAGCUUCUGCAUCCUGAAAUUGCCUCAUUCAGAUUCUGUCAAGGAAUUGUCUUACAAAAUAUGGCCAGAGAAGGGAAAUCAAAAGUUCUGCGAGACAAUUGGGACAUACACCUUUGCCAUGGCAGAUUUCCAACAGAAGAUCAGUAAACUCAUUCUUGCGAGCCUCGGAUUGGACGUGAAAACUUUCUACCGUUCUGAUUUCCAAGACUGCUUAGCUUACAUGGGUUUACUCCACUAUUUCUCCAAUGGAAAAUCCACAGAGGAGGAAGAGGCCCUGUUUGCACAUACUGAUCUCACUUGCUUUACAAUCCUCUACCAAGUUGAAGGGGGCCUUCAGGUUCGAUCCAGUGAAGGAAAGUGGUUGAAUAUCAAGCCCAUAUCUGCUUCCUUUAUUGUCAACGUAGGCGACUGUCUUAAGGCAUGGAGCAACCGCAGAUUCCGCAGCGCAGAGCAUCGGGUUGUUUAUAAGGGAUGGAAGGAUCGGCUAUCUGUGCCAUGGUUUGUACACUUUCCUUAUGAUAAGGAAAUAUGGGCUCCAGAGGAGCUUGUUGACGACUAUCAUCCACGACGUUACAGGCCUUUUAUUUACUCCCAAUUCAGGCAUGAUUUUUACAGUAAUUUACGCUCUACGGAGCAUAAUCUUGCCGCAUUCCUUGACAGUUACGCAGGUGUAUGCUUUGAUGAUUGAAAUCAUGACGUGUAUUGGUCCAUUAGGAAGAACACAGUGUUUACUGAUAUACGCGUGUGAAUUUGAAGUGUU